CCCAUAGGUUUUGGGUCAUCGUGUUUUCAUUGUCUUUUGUUUCUAGAUAUUUUUUGAUUCCCUCUUUGAUUUCUUCAGUGAUCUCUUGUUUAUUUAGUAGCGUAUUGUUUAGUCUCCAUGUGUUUGUAUUUUUUAUAGUUUUUUUCCUGUAAUUGAUAUCUAGUCUCAUAGCAUUGUGGGCUGCAAAGAUACUUGAUACGAUUUUAGUUUUCUUAAAUUUACCAAGGCUUGAUUUGUAACUCAAGAUAUGAUCUACCCUGAAUAAUGUUCCAUGAGCACUUAAGAAGAAAGUGUGUUGUGUUGUUUCUGGAUGGAAUGUCCUAUAAAUAUCAAUUAAGUCCAUAUUGUUUAAUGUGUCAUUUAAAGCUUGUGUUUCCUUAUUUAUUUUCAUUUUGGAUGAUCUGUUCAUUGGUGAAAGUGGGGUGUUAAAGUCCCCACUAUUAUUGUGUUACUGUCAAUUUGUGUUAACAUUUGCCUUAUGUAUUGAGGUGCUCCUAAGUUGGGUGCCUAAAUAUUUACAAUUGUUAUAUCUUCUUCUUGGAUUGGUCCCUUGAUCGUUAUGUAGUAUCCUUCUUUCUCUCUUGUAAUAGUUUUUAUUUUAAAGUCUAUUUUGUCUGAUACGAGAACUGCUACUCCAGCUUUCUUUUGAUUUCCAUUUGCAUGGAAUAUCUUUUUCCAUCCCCUCACUUUCAUUCUGUGUGUGUCCCUAGCUCUGAAGUGGGUCUCUUGUAGACAACAUAUAUACAGGUCUUGUUUUUGUAUCCAUUCAGCCAGUCUGUGUCUUUUGGUUGGAGCACUGAAUCCAUUUACUUUUAAGGUAAUUAUCAAUAUAUAUAUUCCUAUUGCCAUUUUCUUAAUUGUUUGGGGUUUGUUUUGUAGGUCUUUUCCUUCUUUGUCUUUCCUGCCUAGAGAAGUUCCUUUAGCGUUUGUUGAAGCUCAUUUGGUGCUGCUGAAUUCUCUUAACUUUUGCCUGUGUGUAAAGGUUUUAAUUUCCCUGUCAAACCUGAAUGAGAUCCUUGCUGGGUAUAGUAAUCUUGGUUGUAGGUUUUUCCCUUUCAUCACUUUAAAUAUGUCCUGCCACUCCCUUCUGGCUUGCAGAGUUUCUGCUGAAAGAUCAGCUGUUAACCUUAUGGGGAUUCCCUUGUAUGUUGUUUAUUGCUUUUCCCUUGCUGCUUUUAAUAUUUUUUCUUUGUAUUUGAUUUUUGAUAGUUUGAUUAAUAUGUGUCUUGGCAUGUUUCUCUUUGGAUUUAUCCUGUAUGGGACUCUGCACUUCCUGGACCUGAUUGACUAUAUCCUUUCCCAUGUUAGGGAAGUUUUCAACUAUAAUCUCUUCACAUAUUUUCUCAGACCCUUUCUUUUUCUCUUCUUCUUCUGGGACCCCUAUAAUUCGAAUGUUGGUGCGUUUAAUGUUGUCCCAGAAGUCUCUGAGAUUGUCCUCAAUUCUUUUCAUUCUUUUUUCUUUAUUCUGCUCUACGGCAGUUAUUUCCACUAUUUUAUCUUCCAGAUCACUUAUCCGUUCUUCUGCCUCAGUUAUUCUGCUAUUGAUUCCUUCUAGAGUAUUUUUAAUUUCAUUUAUUGUGUUGUUCAUGAUUGUUUGUUUGCUCUUUAGUUCUUCUAGUUCCUUGUUAAACAUUUUUUGUAUUUUCUCCAUUUUAUUUCUGAGAUUUUGGAUUAUCUUUACUAUCAUUUACUCUGAAUUCUUUUUUCAGGUAGACUGCCUAUUUCCUCUUCAUUUGUUUGAUCUGGUGGAUUUUUUUUCCUUGCUCCUUCAUCUACUGCAUAUUUGUCUUCUCACUUUGUUGAACUUACUGUGUUUGUGGUCUCCUUUUCACAGGCUGCAGGUUCGUAGCUCCUCUUAUUUCUGGUUUCUGCCCCUGGUGGGUGAGGUUGGUUCAGUAGCUUGUGUAGGCUUCCUGGUGGAGGGGAGUGGUGCCUGUACUCUGAUGGGUUGGGCUGGAUCUUGUCCUUCUGGUGGGCAGGGCCACGUCCAGUGUUGUGAUUUGGGGUUUCUGUGAACUUAGUAUGUAUGACUUUAGGCAGCCUCUCUGCUAAUGGGUGGGGUUGUGUUCCCCUCUUGCUAGCUGUUUGCCAUGGGGCUUCCAGCACUGGAGCUUCCAGGCCAUUGGGUGGAGCUGGGUCUUAGUGUUGAGACAGAGAUCUCUGGGAGAGCUCUUGCUGAUAGAUAUUACAUGGGGCUGGGAGAUCUCUGGUGGCCUAGUGUCCUGGACUCGGCUCUCCCCAAUCAGAGGCUCAGGCACAACACCCAGCCAGAGCACCAAGACCCUGCCAGCCACACGGCUUGGAAGGAAAGGAAGAAAAUUUAAAAAACGAACAGAUAGAACCCCAAACCAAAUGGUAAAAACAAACCUAAACAGACAAAAUCACACAAAGGAACAUACACAUACUCACCAAAAGAGAAAAAGUGAAAAAUAUAUUAAAAAUUUAAAAAUAAUAAUAUAAUUUUUUAAAAAAAGAAGAGAGCAACCAAACCAGUAAACAAAUCCACCCAUGAUAACAAGCACUAAAAACUAAAGAUAAACAUAAAACCAAAAACAAAUCAGACGCAGAAAGCAAACCCCAAGUCUGCAGUUGCUCCCUAGGUCCACCACCUCAGUGUUGGGAACAUUUGUUGUCUAUUUAGGUAUUCCACAGAUGCAGGGUUUAUCAAGUUGAUUGCAGGGAUUUAAUCCUCUGCUCCUGAGGAUGCUCAGAGAAAUUUCCCUGUUUUCUUCUUUGUUCGCACAGCUCCUGGGGUUCAGCUUUGGUUUUGGCCCUGCUUCUGCAUGUAGACUCCCCUCAGGCACCUGUUCCCCACCCAGGCAGGAGGGAGUUAAAGCAGCAGCUGAUUAGGGCUCUCUUGCUCACUCAGGCCAGGGAGAGGGAGGGGUACGGCAGUCAUAAGUGGAAUGCGAGGCGAGCCUGCAGCGGCAGAGGCCAGCAUGACAUUGCAACAUCCUGAGGCUCACCGAGUGUUCUCCCAGGGAAGUUGUCCCUGGAUCACGGGACCCUGGCAGUGGCAUGCUGCACAGGCUCCCCGAGGGAUGUGGGUAGUGACCUGCACUUGCACACAGGAUUCUUGGUGUCAGCAGCGGCAACAUUAGCAGUUCAUGCCCAUCUCUGGGGUCCAUGCUGAUAACCGCAGCUUGCGCCUAUCUCCAGAGCCCACUUAGAUGGUGCUCUGCCUCUUGUGGGCACACACAGCAGGAAUCCCCUCUCCUUGUGCACCCCAAAAACGAUGGUCUUUUGCCUCUCCAGCAGGUCCAGACUCCCUCCCAGCUAUCUGUGGCACACUAGCCCCCUUCAGGCUGUGUUCAUGCAGCCAACCCCAGUCGUCUUCCUGGGGUCUGACCUCCAAAGCCCGAGCCUCAGCUCCCAGCCCCAACCUGCCCCAGCGGGUGAGCGGACAAGUGUCUCAGAUUGGAAGUACCCUUUCUUCCCUUCUUGAGCUGAUCUCUGCCCCUUUCCCAGAAGAACCAGAAAUGACCAAGUCCCUGGGAUCAGUGUCUUUCAAGGAUGUAACUGUAGACUUCAGCAGGGAGGAGUGGCAACAGUUGGACCUUGCUCAGAAAAGUCUAUACAGGGAUGUAAUGCUGGAAAACUAUUUCAACUUGAUCUCAGUGGGGUGUCAAGUUCCCAAACCAGAAGUCAUUUUCAACUUGGAGCGGGGAGAACAGCCAUGUAUGUUGGAUGGUGAAAUCUCAAGCCAGAGCUAUCUAGAUCAGGGUAUUGGUUUUGAAACGUCACAACAGGGAAUGUCUGAAGAAGUUUCAAUCCAGUUUGAGAGAAUUAAUCUCUUCACAAGAGAUGACCUGUAUUCCAUUUUAGAAGAAUUGUGGCAAGAUGAUGAACAGACAGGGAGAUGUGAGGAAAACCAGAACAAACAUUUAAGUCAUGUUGCCUUCAUCAACAAGGAUACACUAGCUAAUGAGGGAGACUGUGAAUAUAAUAAAGACAUUAGGAAAAUGUUUCGUGUAAACACAUACCUUGUUCCUUCAAGAAAAAGACUCCAUAACUGUGACUCAUUUCAAAAGAGUUUGAAGCCUAUUGUAAGCCUAUGUAAUUAUAAUAGAAACAAUGUAACAGAAAAUUUUGAUAAGAUUAUUGGAUAUGGUAAUAUCUUUACUCAUAUGAAUUCUCAUACAGAAAUGAAUGCUUGUGGAUAUAAUCAAUGUAAGAAACUUCUGAGUCAUAAGCAAACUCUCAUUCAACAUCAAAAAUUUCAUGGGGAGAACCUCUAUUUAUUUUCUGAUUGUGUAAAACUUUCCACCCAUAAGUCACACCUUUUUGCACAUCAAAGGAUUUAUACUGAAGAGAAACAUCAUGAGUGCAGCAAAUGUGAAACAGUCUUCACUCGGAAGUCCCAAUUUGCUGUACCUCAGGUUUAUACAAGAGAGAAACCUUAUAUAUGCACUGAAUAUGGGAAGGACUUUUCCCUCAACUCAAACCAUGAGAAAACUCCUCACACUGAGGAGACUGAUUGUAAAUUCAGUCCACAUGGAAAAGCCUUUAUCCAGAAGUCAGAUCUGUUCAGACACCAGAGAAUUCAUCCUGGAGGGAAAAAACCCUAUAAUUAUAAUGAAUGUGGGAAAAAUGUCUCUCAGAAUUCAAACCUCAAUAUACAUAAGAAAGUUCAUACUGGUGAGAAACACUUUGAAUGUACUGAAUGUGGAAAAGCUUUCACAAGGAAAUCAACACUAAGUAUGCAUCAGAAAAUUCAUACAGGAGAAAAACCCUAUGUAUGUACUGAAUGUGGGAAAGCCUUUAUCCGGAAGUCACAUUUUAUUACACAUGAGAGAAUUCAUACUGGAGAGAAACCUUAUGAAUGCAGUGACUGCGGGAAGUCCUUUAUAAAGAAGUCACAGCUCCAUGUGCACCAGCGAAUUCACACAGGGGAGAAUCCCUUUAUAUGUUCAGAAUGUGGGAAGGUCUUCACCCACAAGACAAAUCUCAUUAUACACCAGAAAAUUCAUACUGGUGAGAGACCCUAUAUAUGUACUGAAUGUGAGAAGGCCUUUACUGACAGGUCAAAUCUCAUUAAACACCAAAAAAUUCAUACUGGAGAGAAACCCUAUAAAUGCAGUGACUGUGGAAAAUCAUUCACCUGGAAGUCACGGCUCAGGAUACAUCAGAAAUGUCAUACUGGAGAGAGACAUUAUGAAUGCAGUGAAUGUGGGAAAGCAUUUAUUCAGAAGUCAACACUGAGUAUGCACCAGAGAAUUCAUAAAGGAGAAAAACCCUAUGUUUGCACUGAAUGUGGGAAGGCCUUCUUCCAUAAGUCACAUUUUAUUACACAUGAGAGAAUUCAUACUGGAGAGAAACCUUACAAAUGCAGUGAUUGUGGGAAAUCCUUCACGAAGAAGUCACAGCUUCAUGUACAUCAGCAAAUUCACACAGGAGAGAAACCCUACAGAUGUGCUGAAUGUGGAAAGGCUUUUACUGACAGAUCAAAUCUCUUUACACACCAGAAAAUUCAUACUGGUGAGAAACCCUAUAAAUGUAAUGACUGUGGAAAAGCUUUCACUCGGAAAUCAGGCCUCCAUAUACAUCAGCAGUCUCAUACUGGAGAAAGACAUUAUGAGUGCAGUGAAUGUGGGAAAGCCUUUGCAAGAAAAUCAACACUAAUUAUGCAUCAGAGAAUUCAUACAGGAGAGAAACCUUAUAUUUGUACUGAAUGUGGGAAGUCCUUCAUCCAGAAGUCACACUUAAAUCGACAUCGGAGAAUUCAUACUGGAGAGAAGCCCUAUGAAUGCAGUGACUGUGGGAAGGCCUUUAUUAAGAAGACACAACUCCUUGAACACCAUCGAAUUCACACAGGAGAGAAACCAUAUAUGUGUGCUGAAUGUGGAAAGGCCUUCACCAUCAGAUCAAAUCUUAUUAAACACCAGAAAAUUCAUACUAAACAGAAACCCUAUAAAUGUAGUGACUUUAGGAAAGCCUUCAACUGGAAAGUACAACUCAGUAUACAUCAGAAAUCUGAUACUGGGGAAGUAGAAUGCUCAGUGCCACAAUCAUGGUGUGGGGAUAAAAGUUUUGAGGAGCUAUAGCUUGACUAAGAAGCAAGAGGUAACCAAAGUUACUUUAUCUAGUCAGAAGUAUGAAUAUCUGGAUCUCAUAGCUGACGUCCAGUUUUAUACAUAUGGGGAGACACUCUGGAGAAAGUGUUUAAGCAGUGCUUAAUGGCCAUGCUUGGUUACUUGGGAUUGUCAAGCCCCUGCAAAUAGUAGUACAUUUGGAAGGAGAUAACUUGGCACUCUUUCUUGUUUCACAUUUUGGAUAAGGAGCUUUAUAAAUCAGGGCUGUUGAGUUUUUCAUGCCCUGCAUAGCAAAAAUAUUCAAUGUUGACCAAAGGAAUUUCUUAAGGAACAGUGUUCUAAGAAAAAUUUUCAUUGUCCAAGCACCCUAAGGACACUGAAGUCAAGGCAACAGUAUAGACAAUUCAGGUCUAUAAUGAAGAAAAGCUAGACGUUUUUGUGAAAAUUGACAUUAAACGCACAAAGAAGGACUCUACUUUUUUUCCUUUGGGAAGUCAGUAUUAUUUAUUGUUUAUAAUGUUUACUAGUGUGUGGAAAUUUGGAUUCGUAAAUUUAAAAUUAACAAUUUGACUUUGAGAUUGGCAAAUCAGAACCACAGACUUACCUGAAUAUUCACAGGCAUCUUUAGGUAACCAAUGUGUUCCCUCAUUUACUAAUUCCCUGCCAUGGCAGCAGGUAACUCAUGGCCAAGAGGUAUAAAGUGCUCCCAGCCUGUAUCCCAAAAGUGAUCAAUGAUGUAAGCAGCACCCCAUAGACUACCUGUCACACUAGAACUAGCCCUGAGAUCAUGGAAUUUAGCUGCAGGUUACAGAUUUAGUACUCUGGAUUCUCAGCAUCUUUCACAGAAACCCCUACUUUUUACUGAUUUCUGUUUGAAAAAGAGACAAAUUAAGAAAAUGAGUUUUAAAACCUAGAAUUCUUUCCUUUGAAUUUCGUUAAUGCAUUCUCUACAUAUUUAUUAUUACAUACUAGGUUAUUAUGAGGCAAUUAUCUUGCAUUUGAGCUUGUAUUCUUAGAAGAUAGCUGCACAUUUGGAAGAGUACUAUUUCCUUUCAAUCUCUACAAAUUAAUCAAUUGUUUUCAAAUCCUCUAUAUUCUCAAAUUCUUAAUCCUCUAUAUUGUAUCAGAUACUAAAAGAAUGUGUGUACUAAUCUCCCAGAAUAAUUGUGAAUUUGUCUCUCUUUUAGAGCUACCAGUUUUUGUUUUAUAUAUUUUAAGUCUAUGUCUUUACAUAUAUUCAUAUUUAGAAUUGUUAUACUCUUUCUGGUUAGUUGAAACAAUCAUUAUAAAAUGUCUGUUUUUUAUCUCUGGUGGUGCUUUUUGUCUCAAAAUUUACUAUGUAAGAUAUUAAUACAAUAUGCAUACUUUACUUAUUAAAGGCUAAUGUAAAUGAGUACACCACUUUCUGUAUAAGGUGAAGAGUUAGAACAUUAACUUUAUUUCCUUCUUGACUUGUAUUGGUAGCAUGCAUUUUAAUUCUGAAUGUAGUUGAAACACUCAAUCAUUACUGUUUCAGAGUCAAUAUGCAUUUAAAUUAAUCCAUAUAUUUACCCUUUUUGUUACUUUUUUCCCUUCUUCUUCUUGAAUUUUCCUUCUAGAAUCAUUUUUUUUUCUGACUGAAGGACACCUUUUAGUAUUUCUUUUAGUGUAUGUUUGCUAGUGACAAAUUGUUUUCAUUUGUUGGAAAAUGUCUUAAUUUUGCCUUCAUUUUUAAAGGAUGUUUUUACUGAGUAUAGAAUUCUAAGUUGGCAGUUAUUUUCUAUUAGUAUUUUGAGAUAUUUUGUUUUGAUUUGUAUUUCAUUGUUUUGUUGAAAAGUAAGCUUUCAAUCCAGUUACCUUUGAAGGUUAUGUUUUUUUUUUAAUUAUUCUUUUCUCUCACUCCUUUAAAAUCUAUGUCUUUGUCUUAGGCUGUCAACAGUUGGACAGUGAUAUGCUUAGGUAUGAUAUUCUAUGUAUUUAUCCUGCUUGGGGUUUGCAGUGUUUUUUAAAAUCUGGAGCUUAAUGGUUUUUUUCUUUGGGUUUUUUCCUCUUUUUUUGCACAUUUGGGGAAAUUUCUAGCUAUUAUUUAUUCAAAUUAUGCAUUUACUUCAUUAUGUUCCUCUUCUUCUCCUAGUGAUGACCCCAUUGUCUAGAUAGUAUUUUUCUGUUGACUAUUGUUUCUCUUGGGUUUUGGUGAUGUCUUGUCUUCUCAUAUACCUGGUGAUUUUAAGUGAACUGCUUAGACAUUAUAUAUUAAAAAUUGUAGAUAUGAUUAGAUGGCCUGGAUAUCUUUCAGAGAGGAUUUCCUUUGCUUCUAACAGGUGACCAGCCUAGGAACAUGAGCAAUCCCUGAUUGCCUUCAUCCAAUCAUGUACUGAGAUUAUUCGAAACUGGGCUGCAGUCCCUGUGAGGGCUUGUCUAUUUUUUUUCACUCUUAUUCUUAGGGGAUACCCUCAAGACUUAGGACUUUGGGAGAUUUAUCAGGAUGCUCCUCCUUAGAGGGAACUUAAUUCUACUAUUUGUCCCUUUAGUCCCAUAAGUUUGUCAAAAAACUGUCUUAAGUUUCUCUUGCUCAGUAUUUGCUUUAAGAAUUAGCAAACAACUCUUUUUAAUAAAUAGUUCCAAAUUCCAGAGGUUAUGUCUUUAAUCUUAUUCUUGCAGUUUCUCACUUCCUUGGUAGCUCUCCAGUGCUGUCACAAAGCUAAACGUUUUUAAUAUUUUCUUCCACCUUUUUUAGUUCUCAGAGGGAGUACUGGUACAGGCCACCUACAUUGCCAUUAACAGAAGUUUUUAAUUCACUGAGAUAGCUGUUGCUACUUAAGGAAUGCAGAGUCCAGAAAUAUAUGUUUUUAAUUACCAAAACUCUCCAAACUUUCCAAAAUAUGAAAGUGCUCUGAUUUGCAACAUGACUUUAUUCCCAAUUUUUGCUGCUAAAAGUUAAGGCAUUCACUCUUUUGUUAAACACUUUAUAAACCUUGAUACAUAUGAGAAAAUUACUUCUGGUGGUGUCAAAUUUUAUUACGGUAGCUGCCAAACUUUAGCAAAAGGAGGAGAUUGACUAAGAGCCUCUCAGAUUCUUUCUUUGAUAGUAUGCCCCCCCCCACCCACUGGAUAAUUAAUAGAAAGUUGAGUUAAUGAAAACUGGUGGCAAGAGCCCAUCAAUUUGAUUCUAAACUUUUUUUUUCUAUGUUGGGGGUAGGAGUUUAUUAAUUAAUUAAUUUAUUUUUGCUGUGUUGGGUCUUCGUUUCUGUGUGAGGGCUUUCUCUAGUUUUGGCAAGCGGGGGCCACUCUUCAUCACAGUGCUCGGGCCUCUCACUAUCGUGGCCUCUCUUGUUACGGAUCACAGGCUCCAGACGCGCAGGCUCAGUAGUUGUGGCUCACGGGGCUAGUUGCUCCGUGGCAUGUGGGAUCCUCCCAGACCAGGGCGCAAACCCAUGUCCCCUGCAUUAGCAGGCAGAUUCUCAACCACUGCGCCACCAGGGAAGCCCCUCAACUUUUUUAUUCUCAGGUAUAUUUUAAAAAAUACAAUUCUACAUUACCAAGCCAAAAAAACAAAAAAGAUACUUUACCUUUCGUAAACACACAAUUAAUCUCUAGGAGAAAGGAAGAGUGUUUUGUGGGCCUCCAUGUAUCUCAAGGGAUACUUGGGAAUUGAUUGAGGAAUGGAUGAUGGAAAAUUAUCAGUGGAAUAUGAGAGCUAAAUCUUAAGUAGGUAAACCCCAAGGUCAGUAUAAAUUGAUUGGGGGAAAUGUGGAGUAUAGACUUGACUUGGGAAAGUAGUGUGAGUUAGCCAUAUCUUUUUUUUUUUUAACGUCUUUAUUGGAGUAUAAUUGUUUACAAUGGUGUGUUAGUUUCUGCUAUAUAACAAAGUGAAUCAGCUAUACAUAUACAUAUAUCCCCAUAUCUCCUCUCUUGCCUCUCCCUCCCCACUCCCUAUCCCACUCCUCUAGGUGGACACAAAGCACUGAGCCGAUCUCCCUGUGCUAUGCGGCUGCUUUCCACUAGCUAUUUUACAUUUGGUAGUGUAUAUAUGUCCAUGCCACUCUCUCACUUCAUCCCAGCUUACCCUUCCUUCCCCCUCCUCAUGUCUUCAAGUCCAUUCUCCACAGCUGUAUCUUUUUAUGACAGCACUGUAAUACAGUUCACUUGUAUUUACAGCAAAACUAUUUUAAGGCAGUUUUACAGUAGAAAUUUUUAAAUUAAAAAUACACUUUAUAUUAAUUUUUCAAAAAGGAAUCUUGUUCUGUGAAUUCAGUAAAUGUAAGAAAAUGGUCACUUGGACCAGUAUUUAAUUAUACAUCAGGUAAUUCGUAGGGGAGAGUACUUUGAUUAAAUGUGGGUAGGGCUGCAUUCACAAAUCAUACUUCAUUACAGAAAUUCAUUUUGGAGAGAAAAACCUAUAAAAGCAGUGACUAGAAAACACUACACCUGGAAGUUAUCAGAAAAUUUCUGCUAGAGGAAGACAAAUGCACUAAAUAUGGGAAUAGCUUCAUUCAGAAAUCAGUUUUCAGUAUUCUGUAUUAUACACAAGUAAAAUUGUGUAUUUCUUAAAAGUGAGAAAGUAUUCUUACACAAGUCAGAAUUAUAAAUUAUUAAUUACAAGUUAUUCAUACUACAGAGAGGCCCUAUGAUAUUGUAUAUUGUAUGUUAUAUGUCAAAAAGUCUUUGUCCAUGAGUUACACCUUACUGGACAUCAGAUAAAUAAUUGAGAAAAGUCUUCUAAGAAUACAUCAUUUUCUUAAAAUGUCACAAAAUUCAUAGUGGGAGGAAACUAUAUAUUUGAUACAGUGGAAGAAGCCUUCCUAUAGAAGCAAAUUCUUCAAGAAAUAUGAUUCAUCUUGUUUAUUGCUUUAAUUUCAUGCCCAUGUCUCUAGAACCAGUGGGGACAAAUAGAUAAGUUGAAAAAUCUCCUUUCUUUUCAUUAAAAAAAAUAUUUAAAGACACACAUGUGCACACACAUAAAACUUUGUAUAAAUGUGACAUAAUAUAUUUUAUCUCUUGAAUUUUGUACUUUCUCCAUUCUCAGCAACUCCAGACAUCAACAGUCUGUCAACAGAUAAGCAAUGCUGAUGAACUUCUUUUAUUUUUCUUUAUACUCAUAACCAUAUGUGGACACAUUAAUAUGUUAUCUGUGCACACAUAUAUGAGUGUGUGUUUCAAUUGUCUUAAUAUGGGAUUAUACACACAUUUUUGCAUCUUUUGCACUCAACAGUACUUUAACCAGCUGAAGACUCCAUGGUGUGGAAUGCCAUAAUUUGUUCAACCACUUUGCCACUGUUUAUUGACAUUUUUGUCACUAGGAAAAAUGAUCUGGUAAACAUCUUCCAGAGCUGACAUAGCAUAAUAGGUUAGUGGACAAGCAUAAUCAUGCCCUUACCUACUGGAGCUUUUUUCCCCCCUGUAAGAGUGAGAUUGAUGGAUUGAAUUGUGUUUUCUUAUUUUAAUAGAUGUUGCCAGAUUUCUCUAGAAUAAGACUAACAUUUCAUAUUUCUAACAUUAGUAUAAAAAUAUGCCCUUCCCCUGUAUUACAAGUAGCUGUUACUCUUUAACCUUGAGGAAUUUUAUUAUUUCAAAGUGAUAACUAGUUUUAUUUUAAUUGACGUUAAUAUACCUCUUUAAAAGUUCCUUCGCCACUUUGCUAAUCUGCAAAGUUGCCUUUAUAAACCAUCCUAAAUUUUUCUUUUUGGAUUGUCUUGUCAAUUUGUAACAGCUUUUUAUGUUCUAAAAGUAGUAACUCCUUUAAAAAAAUAGCCUAUUGUUUGUCUCUUGACUUUGUAUAUGAUAUUUUCCCAUUCACAUUUUGUUUUUUACGUUUUUUUUUUUUUUUUUUUUUUGCGGUACGCUGGCCUCUCACUGUUGUGGCUUCUCCUGUUGUGGAGCACAGGCUCCGGACACACAGGCUCAGUGGCCAUGGCUCACAGGCCCAGCCGCUCCACGGCAUGUGGGAUCCUCCUGGAACGGGGCACGAACCCGUGUCCCCUGCAUCAGCAGGCGGACUCUCAACCACUGCGCCACCAGGGAAGCCCUUUUUACAUGUUUAAAUGUGCCCAUCAAUUCUUCCGCAGCUUCUGAAUUUCUAGUCUUAGUUAAUCUUCACAUAUUAUAAGAUUUUUAGAUGUUUGUGGGGUUUUUUGUAUACUUUGUAUAUCUUUUUUCUUGGAUAUGGAUAGUCACUUUCACAGUUGUAGACACUGUUGUUUUGCUGAGCAAUUCCAAUACUCCUCUCUCACUGCUUACUCCAUUAGCACCUUUUGAAGCUUGUAGUGGCCAAGUGAACUGACUCAGGCCAGGAGAAGCAAAACACUGGUAGUUCUGGGAAAACCUUUGCUUUCCUAAAGAAAAGGACAGACUUAGCUACUGUCAUCAAUUUAUGCUUUCUUCCUUUUACAUGAUGCCUGGGGCAGAGGCAACAUUUUCUCAACCAUAGGGGAGAGGCCAAAAGAAUCAGAGACAUGUCCUGACAUAUUUAAUCAACACUAGCAGCAAGUUACCUCCUGGCUUUUGCUAUGUGAUAAAAAUAGACAUGCUUUAUAUAAACCAUUCUAUUUUAGAUUUCUCUUGCAUGGGAAAGUAUGCCUGAAUUUAUUCAGACACCAAAUUUAUAAAGUAGUCCAUCUUUUCUCUAUUAAAAUAAAUAGAAAAGAUUUUUUAAAACCCCAGUAAACUAGAUACCCCACAGAAACCGAAAUGAAGUAGACAGAUAGCAAAAUUAAACAAGAUGUGUAAUGAGUAAAAACAACCACAGAUACUGGGUCAAUCAAUAGGACCAGAAGAGAAUACUACCAAGAGCAAAUGAUUUCCUAGCAAGACAUAAUUGAUCAAAAUUGAAAAAGAAAAAACUGAAAACAGUCAACAAUCAUAAAAAAUUGUAAAUGUCAUUAUAGAGCAACCAUUUAAAAUGUACCGGGACCAUAGGAAAAUACUUCUUAGAUUGGACACACAAAUAAUGAACUAUAAAAGAAAAAAUGUUAAGUUUGACUUUUCAGAAUUAAAAACUUGUCCUUUGAAAGGCACUGUUAAGAAAAUGAAAUGGCAAGAUACAGAAUGGGAGAGAAUAUUUGCAGUAGACAUCUGACAAAAGAUUUGUGUUCUGAAAAUAUAAAGAAAUUUACAACCCAAUUGUAAAAAG